AUGACCAGUGUCCCCAAAUACCCCGCAGAGGACGACAAGCUUCGCGCGAGCUCUUUGGAGAAGCGAAGAGGUGGCAACGUCGCCAACAGUCUUGAGGUCCUGCAGCAACUGUCUAGCUCCAGUGGCCGAUCAGUCGACCUCACGCUCAUCUGCCCUCUGCCGAGCCCCACCUCGCAAGCAACAGAAUCUGUCAAGAAAUCUUUUGGUCCAAGUGUCGACCUUUCUUUGGCUCUAUAUAGAGAAGCCAGCUCUGAAGCAGCAAGCAGCUUCAUCAUCAAAAGCAUUGAGAGCGGAUCUCGGACUAUCGUCAACUACAAUAACCUUGACGAAAUGACGCUUCAGGAAUUCCAGACCCGGAUUACGUCUGCGCCAGCAGGACAGCGAACAUGGUAUCAUUUCGAAGGCCGCAUACCAGAAACGUCUGUAGCCUGCAUACGCUGGCUCAGAAUGGCGUACCCAGAUGCGGUCGUCAGCGUCGAAGCAGAAAAGCCGGCUCGGGAGGGAUUGGAAGCCAUGGCGGCUGAAGCUGAUGUCGUGUUCUUCUCGAAAAGCUGGGCGCAGGCAAGCGGGUCUGAUGAUCUGAGGUCCUUUCUGAAUGCUCAGGCAGGAAUUAUGAAGAAGGCGAAGCUUUUGAGCUGUACGUGGGGAGGCGAGGGAGCGGCCGUCAUCCGACCUGAUGAUGGCUUCUAUCACCAUGAACCAGCGUUUGUGGAUUCGCAGAAGCAAGUGGUCGACACGGUUGGAGCAGGCGACACAUUUGUUGCCGGAAUGUUGCACAAGCUUAUCACUUCUGAUGAGGCGGAUGUUCCCGGUGCUUUGGCUUUUGCGAACAAGCUCGCUGGACGCAAGGUGUUGCAGGUCGGUUUCGCAGACCUAGCGUAG